GGCUUCAUCCCUCUUUGUCCGCUGACGAGAGAAGCCCAUGCUAAUUAUGGCAAAAUUUGCGUUUUUGAAUGAAUUAUAGUUGAAAAGAUGGAUCCACGAGCCCACACCGCGUGAGGACUGCUUUGCUGGCAAUGAAACACCAGAGCUUUUCAUUUUAAAGGACAGCAGAGCAAAGCACCGGAGAAAGGCCAUUUUAGCUAAUGGCUGCCGAAACGGGGAGACUACUGGCGGGACAAGGAAAACGAAAAGCUUCACAGAUGAAGAGCCCGGAGAAGAAGAAGGCAAGGAAGUCCACGGCUCAGGCGGCAGGGUUCUCCCACCUCACUGAGUUUGCGCCUCCUCCUACUCCCAUGGUGGACCAUCUGGUUGCUUCCAACCCAUUUGACGAUGACUUUAGGCCGCCAUCAAGACCUAGCGGGGCAGGUGGACCGGGCGGUGCUCCGUUUCUCCCAAGUCCAGGUGCUGGUGGAGGAGGUGGGUAUGGAGGCGGAGGCAGAAUGGGAGCAGGUUUGAACUUCAUGGGAGGCCCAGGAGGACCGGGAGGUGGUCAGCCCGGGCGCAGGCCUCCCUUCGGCCCUCCGGCUAACGCGGGACCCCACCACCAGCUGGGCUUUGGAGGAAUGCCUGGCUUUGGAGGCGGCGGUGGCGGCGGCAGUGGGGGAGGCGGAGGAGGUGGUGGAUUCCCUCCGGGCGGCCCUUCUCAGUUCAACAUGCCUCCAAACUUCAGUCCACCCAUGCACCCUGGGCCCGGAUUCAAUCCCAUGUUAUCUCCAGGGAGUAUGGGGGGUCCCGGAGGCGGAGGAGGGCCACCCCACCCUCGUUUCGGUAUCCCUCCGCAGCAGCAGCACGGACAAGGUGGACACCCGUUCAACAGUUCCCCGUUACCUGGCGGCGGAGGCCCCCGAGGGCCUUUACCUCCCAUGGGAGGAGGCAUGGGGCCUGGAAUGAACAUGAUGGGGGGUAUGGGCGGCGGCCCCGGCGGCAACAUGGUGGGAGGAGGGUUGCCUGGGAUGCCCCCUCAAGGACAAUUCCCUUCGUCACAGGAUGGUCCGUACCCCGGGCCCAGUCCACCUGGGCCUGGCAACGAGGACGGAAAGGGUUUUGGGGGAAAUGCACCAACUGGGCCCCCUCAGCAGCAGCAGCAGCAGCAGCAGCAACAACAGCAGCAACAGCAGCAACAACAGCAACAACAGGCGCAACAGCAGCAACAACAACAGCAGCAACAACAGCAACAACAACAACAGCAACAACAGCAACAACAACAGCAACAACAACAGCAGCAGCAGCAGCAGCUUAACUUAAAUCCAAAUGGUCCCCCCACUAAUAACCCUGCCCCUGGCCCCACUCCUAACUCCGGCCCAGCCCAGCCCGGGGGAGGCUUCCCUGGCCACCCUGACGUCCAGCAGUCCAGUGCCAGUACACCAGGCCAGCCUCCGUCAGCACCGCCGCAGCCCAACCCCAACUCUUCCCCUACCGGUCCCUUAAACGGCUCAGGCCAGGCCCAACACCCACAGUCCAGUCAGCUCCAGCCGUCCAGCAAUACAAACACCCCUAACUCUAACAACUCUAACCAGCAGCAGCAACAAUCCACUCCACCACACUCUGCCCCGGGCUCCACUUCUUCUUACAACCAACAGAACAAUUCUAGUGGAGGUGGUCCCAUGCAAAACGCUGCCUCCAAUUCAGGUCAGAACAACAUAACCAAUAACAAUGGAGGCAACACUCCCGGCAGCAACCCCAACCCUCCCUCUAACUCCACCUCCACUCCCAACACCCAGUCCCCCCUGGCUCCCGGUGGCACCGUUUCCUCUACGGGGCCGGGUUCAGGUCCCGGUAAACUCGGUGGUCCUGGCAUGGUGUUUCCGUGCGGCCUCUGCAUGGCAGAGGUGCACGACGACCAGGAUGCUAUUCUUUGCGAAGCGUCCUGCCAACGCUGGUUCCACCGUGACUGCACAGGCCUGACAGAACCAGCGUACGGGCUGCUGACUCGAGAGAGCGCCGCCGUUUGGGCCUGUGACUUCUGCAUCAAGACCAAGGACAUCCAGGCCGUGUUUGUGCGCCAGGGAUUAGGUCAGCUGGUAGCAGCUAACGAGAGUUGAAGAGUACGAGAGAAAUAUCGAGGUGUGACGCACAUGGACAAAUCUAGACUGAUCUAAAACCGAACGACCUGCGUGCCAUGUCAGCUACUUGCCCAACGAAGUCUUGGCCAACCCUUUAUUCGUUCACUACACAAAGCAGCACACUCACUGAUUUUCAUGCUUAUAUAUAGCACUUUGAGUGACUCUAGGCAAAUGAUACCCCCCUUCCACAACGAUAGGAGUCAAAUCAUGAUGAAUGUUACCUACACAGUUGUUCAGAUAUCCGCCUGCCAACCAGCACUGACACCAACACACUACCUCAGUUUGUGACUGGCACAGAAGCUUCUGCACUGACUGUGAUUGACUCGCCACACAUGUGUCACAUGUGCAUGAUGAUAUUUUCAGCUCACGCACAAAUUCACAAUGAGAACAAACAAAAAUAUGACAGAUUUCGGUAAAUUAAGAAAAAGUAAAUUAAGAUCAGAAAUCAUUUCAUUUUAUUGGAUUCAUUAAUUAAUUUGCUACCAUAAUGCUUCAGUACAGCACUGCCGUAUCACAUCGUUGGCCUUUUUUUUUUUUUUUUUUUUUUUAAAUCAACUGCAACAAGUGAAAAAAAGAUUAUAUACUGCAGUGUAAAAUAAUCAACUGUAUUGUAAAUCAAAAGGUUUUACACUUCCCAAACCCCCAUACAUGCACACAUUUUAACUCUUCUUAGUGUACCAUUUUGUAUCCAGUGCUGAUGAAUCCAAAGGAGUACCAGGCUGAGAUUUUAUCCACACCUCACUGGGAGAGGAUCUCGCCAUCAAAAAAGUUGUAAAUAUUAAGACAAAAAACAUUUGUGUGGAACUUUUCAUCAUUUGUGAACAAAUCGCAGAGUUAACCAAUGAACAAAACCAUGAGUGUGAAGCUUUGUGUGUUGGUUGUAUACUGUACAGGACAUUUUUUUUUUUUUUUAUACAGUACAUUUGAGUCAUGCAUUAUUUUUAUCUCUGCAGUACACAUGAAUUGUGAAAUCAGUGCUUUUUCAAUGGUGUUGGCAUAGCAAGUAGUGACAUCAUGUCAUAUCAGAUGUGCUUAGUCCUUGAAAAUGAAAAAAAAUAAAACAUAAACAAGGGGAUGCAUGUGAACCAAUGCAGUAACUUUAUUCUCUGGUUUCUGCACUGCAGGAGACCUUGAACUAGACCAAAUAAGUAAAGAAUGGAAGAAAAAAAAUACCAACGUUCCCAUUUUUCUCACAAUACAUGGUGUUUAUGAUGCCCCCACACCCCCCGGUUCUUGUUUUGUCUUAAUUCAUUGUCCGAGUUGCCUUUCUUUCAGCUGUUCCUUUUUUUGUUUUGUGCUGGUAUUUGUGCGGUGUUGUUGCUCGGAUAUGGUGUGCCCCCUGGUGGAACCAGUGAGUCCUACACCAGGUGGAGAAAGGAGAGGUACUUAUUUCUGAAGUAAAGCCUUUUUUUUCUUUUUGUCUUCUUGUCAGUCUAUUUUUAUUACUUUUUUAAAAAUUUGUUUGCUAAUCAUUGUAUUAAAAUGAGGGUUGAAAACUCA